GCUGGCAAAAACUACAACAACAAAGCGGUUGAAUGAAGUGAGCCUCGACUGAUUUUAUUGAACCACUUUAAAAUGACUGCUUCAUUGUCGGAGGACUGGCAAAUCGAGACUAAAACCGUCUCAGAGAGAAACAAGUUCAUGUUUAACAAGAACUUGAUGAGUGAUGUUACCUUUGUUGUGAGACAUAGCGAGCGAACUGACGAUGAGAAGAAGUAUAUUCCUGCUCACAAAUACGUUUUGGCUACAAGCAGUCCUGUAUUUUUCGCAAUGUUUUAUGGUAAUUUAGCGGAGAAAUCAAACGAAAUUCAUCUCCCCGACGCGGAUUCGAACAGUUUCCUGGAGUUUUUGAAAUAUCUGUACUGUGAUGAAUGCAAAUUAACGGUAGACAUUGCAAUUGAUGUGUUAUAUUUGGCCAAGAAGUAUAUUCUACCGUUCCUUGAAAAAUUAUGCACUAGCUUCUUGCAAGACAACAUCACAGCAUCCAAUGCCUUCACCCUGCUGUCUCAGUCGCUGAAGAUCGGCGAGGAAGAUUUGCAAAAGAAAUGUUGGUACUAUAUCGACGCCCAUUGCCAAGAGGCGCUGGCUUCCGAUGCCUUUCUAAAUGUUGGUCAAGAAAUUCUCCAUAGUAUGUUGGAACUAGAGACUCUUAAUGUCAAAGAAAUUAAUCUAUUUCAUGCCUUGGUAAAGUGGAGUGACCAUCAGUGCAAGCUAAAAGGGAUAGAACCCACACCAGAGAAUAAACGAAAUGUGCUUGGUGAUGCUGUCUACUGUGUCCGAUAUCUAACCAUGACCCAAAAAGAGUUUGCAGAGAAUGUAUCAAAGACAGCAUUACUUAGCAAAGAUGAAGUAAUCGCAAUCUUCCAGAUGCUCAAUGAUGUCCCGCCCUCUAACAGCCAGCUACAAGCCACCUUAAGUAAACGGAUUCAAGGUAAACCACGGCAGUUGAAACCAACACAGAGAUGUUCUCGGUUUAGUCAAGAUCAGAUCCGGACAUCGAAAACUUUAGGUGGCUGGCAGUACACCUCGGGUCAUCCUGAUAUCCUUAAUUUCUCGGUUGAUAAAGAUAUAUAUUUCCAUGGUGUUCGUCUGUUUGGUGCACUCGGUCAUAACAGCCGAUACAAUGUUGAACUGACUUUUAACAAUGUGAAGGUUAAUGAUCGAUUUUACUCUGAACGGAAAAAUACAUUAAUCCCUGGUUUUGAUGUGUUGUUGCCAUCCCCAGUGGUAGUCAAGAAAGGUCAAUGGUAUGAACUUUCUGCACUUAUUAAAGGGAAUGGAUCCUAUUAUGGGGAGCGUGGUGCAAGCUCUGUCAAGUGCGCUGGAGUUUCAUUCAAUUUCCGUGAUUGCAGUGACCUGGAUGUCCCAAACAAUAAAACAUUAAGUGAACGAGGACAGUUUUACGAGAUCCUCUUUUCCUUGUGUUGUUAUCCAUAACUUGGGUAAAUUUGUUAACAAAGAGAAACUUGUGUGGCAACUAUUUAUUAGUGGUG